CUUUCCUUGCGCUCCUUUCCACGCAGGAGGAUCCUUCAGUGAAGACGCGUCCGGUUGUGUUAUCCGCGGUUGCAAGAGUGAAGCAGACGCACCGACGACUCUGUUGCAGCUCCUGGCCUUCUCGCCGCCACCAUGUCAGUCGCAGGACUCAAGAAACAAUUCCACAAAGCCACUCAGAAAGUGAGUGAGAAGGUUGGAGGAGCAGAAGGAACAAAGCUCGAUGAGGACUUCACAGAAAUGGAAAAGAAAGUGGACACCACCACUCGGGCAGUGAUGGAGAUCAUGACCAAGACCACCGAGUACCUGCAGCCGAACCCAGCCACCAGAGCCAAGAUGAGCAUGAUGAACUCCAUGUCUCGUAUUCGAGGUCAGGAGAAGGGACCUGGAUACACCCAAACUGAAGCCAUCCUGGGGGAGUCCAUGACGCGGUUCGGGAAGGAGCUCGGCGAGGAGUCCAACUUUGGACUCGCUCUGAUCGACGCUGGGGAAGCCAUGCGUGAACUUGCCGAGGUGAAGGACGCUCUGGACAUGGAGGUGAAGCAGAACUUCAUCGAUCCGCUGCAGAACCUCCACGAAAAAGACCUGAAGGAGAUUCAGCAUCACUUGAAGAAAAUGGAGGGUCGUCGUCUGGACUUUGACUACAAGAAGAAGCGUCAGGGCAAAGUGACCGAGGACGAGCUCAAACAAGCUCUGGAGAAAUUUGACGAGUCCAAGGAUAUUGCCGAGAUCAGCAUGUUCAACCUGCUGGAGAGUGAUAUUGAACAGGUGAGUCAGCUGUCAGCUCUGGUCCAGGCUCAGGUGGAGUAUCACAGCCGCGCGGCCGAGAUCCUCACACAGCUGUCCAGCAAGAUCGACGAAAGGAUAAAAGAUUGUUCCAACAAGCCGAAGAAAGAAUACAUCCCUAAACCCCGGACAUCUCUGGACUUCUCCCUCAGCGAGAACCACAACGGAGGCAUCCACAGCGCUCGUUCUCCGGGAGCGAAGUCUCCAGCCAGGUCCCCAGCCCCCAUGGACCAGCCCUGCUGCCGUGCUCUCUACGACUUUGACCCCGAGAACGAAGGUGAGCUAGGCUUCAAGGAGGGCGACAUCAUCACCCUGACCAAUAAGAUCGAUGAGAACUGGUACGAGGGGAUGUUGCACGGCAACUCUGGCUUCUUCCCCAUCAACUACGUGGAUAUCCUGGUGCCCCUGCCUCACUAGAACAGCAGCUGCUCCGGCGCCAGUGAGAAUUCUGAAGCCCCGCCCCCUAGUUCCUCCCCGUGUACGCCCAGUUACCUUUCCUAAACCUCCCCCGCCCGCGCUCCGCUUCACAGGAGCCCAAACAGCAGCAACACAGUAAAGAUAAGAAUGAAAAAAAACACAUCAAAGGAGUGUCAAAUAAAAUAGAGUCUGCCUUGAUGUGGUUGCUCCCCGACCGUCAGGGGAGGGACUUCAUGUCAUGAUCUCCGUCCCCGCUUUUGUUCACGUCAGCUGUCAGUCUGUCAUGAGUUGAAAGAAACAUCGAUCUGCACCACGUCAACCAUUGUUCUUCUGCUGUGUUCUCCGUUUGGACUUCACCAAAGUCAUGUGCUUCCCUUUUACUGCAGCAUCCAGUAGAGCUCCAGCGGUUCACUUGAGUCCAAUGUUCCAUCCUGAGGGCCAUUCUCGAGUUGCUGUCCUCUCGUGUUAAAUCCUGCAUUUCACGAUCAUGUCCGACGCAUGUGAGCCUGCAUGGGCUUUGCUAGUUUCUUCUACUUGGACCCUUCAAACAUCUGUGAGGGGGUUUAGUCCAACAUAUCUUCAGUGAAAGGACGUCCUGAACCGAACGUCCCUAUAUGGUCAUAUCCUCCAAGCGAGAUACUUUUUCACCCCGAUACCCUGCUCAUAUUUCAGAUAUCAAUAAAUGUAGUCUAUUUUCACACCUUUUUGCUGGUGAGACACGCAGCACUCCUGUUAGAUGGAAGAGCCAAAAUCUGACUGGUGACAAUCGACUAUAUUUAGAGAAGCCAGAACAAAUGGACGCCUCUCUGCAGGUGCUUUGAGUGUCACUGGAUAAACAGUGAGCUGCUGGUGUGGCCGACUCGCCCGGGUCCCACUCAGUUACGAGAGAGCAGGACCAGAUUUGCCAGAGCUCCUUCGACACAAAUGUUUCUGAAGUCGAGUGAAUGUACCAUGAUUCUCACAGUCCUCUGAAGGGUCGACGUCUAGUCAGAGUUCAGAUCAACAUCCAGCUGCACUAGUGAUAAAUGGAUGAGGCGGCUUCGCAGACUUUCUGGCAAUAAUAGUUGUUAAAUAACAAAUCAAUAAUAAAAUCCCGGAUUAUUUUUUAUGUCAAUAUAUUUAAAUGGAUGACACUUCAAGUAUAAAGGGAGGAGGAAGUGUAUAUGGACAAAAGCUAAAUAUUUAUUAUUUUUAACAUUGUGUCAGCCAUUUUUUGUGCACUUUUACGUGAUUAUUAUUUAUUAAACUCUACAUUAUAUGAUGAAACAUAUGAACUGUUUUUUCCCACGUGUUUUAACUACAUUAUUAUCUUGGAGAGACGAUGGCGUCAGUAUUAAAUAAACUCUAGCGACGUUCAAGUUUGGACCUAGCAUUCCGUAGUGUCUCUACAUUUUGAAGGCAUUAACUAUGUAUAUGUUUAAAAUCACAACAAUAUUCCCUUUGGUCCCGGUAUAUAUAUUUACAUUUAGUUGCAGACACUUUGAAAGCAGCAUUAGCAAAAGAAGUCCUUCAUUUAAUCGAUUUUUUUCCAUGUUAUUAUCUGUUGCUGAGGACGUAAAGGUCGUCAUUUAUAAUAUUCCUGACGUGAUUAUUCAUUUCAUAACAAAGAUUUGAAAAUGAGCUUGAAUGAAAGGCGAGCUCAGUCGUCGAUGAGAGACGUGGAGCGCAGCUGCUCGCCUGGUGGUAUAGGCGAGACUUGUUUGUUGGUGUUUUCAGCUUCUCUGAAGAGCAGAGCUUCACUCUGAGGAUAAUGGCUCAGAAAAAAAGGAAAAUCUGGUGCUAAAAUAAAAUGUGACCCAGAAAGAGAGGAACAACUUCAACUCUGACUUCACUGAUAUUUUCGCAUCAAUCUACUGCUGUUGUUUUAUGCAUCAUUUUGCCGGUUGAGAGCAGUUUCCGAAGGUUGUUGAUUGUAGCCAGGUGAUUUUGGGAAUGUUAUUGGAAUAUUGAAGUAUAUAAACCUGUCGUCGAUACCAUCAAUGCCAAAGUCAGAAAAAGAAGCGCUGUCGGUUUGUAAGUAUUCGUGGCGUGAGGACUGCAUUUCUUUGUUAUGAGCACGAGUCCAUGUGAACAUGUUCAGUGUGACAAGCGUGUUGUGAAGAUUGUGAGGCAGCCAGUGUUCUGUCGCGUGCGAUGAGCCCUUCGCCAGCUUUUUCUCAUGCCUCCAUUCGUACGCUGGACUCACCUCAGUUGAAGAGCCCAUGUUAUCGCUGCUCAUCUCAUGAUUCAACACCAAACCUGAUGCAAUACGCCGUUUUCAUUUGUUUCCUUUUUUUCAAGAGAAGCACAAUUUCAAUUCUUCCCUUAUUUAUUAUGUCACGAAGAAGUCAUCUGUGCUUUUAUUUUUCUCUUAUUUUAUAACAAUGGUGUGUAUCUUUGCCCUCAAUGAGGACUGUACAGCUUUUCUGUGUUUUGUUUUCACCUGGUGUGUAGAGUCGCUCAUCUACA